ACACUACUGUUGUUUUAUACACGUUAUAAAUUCCUCUUCAACGAAAUUCAGGCCCAACAAAAACCUCUCGUCCUCCUCCUCUUUCUUCUUCACCCCUACAGCCUAAAAAACAGGGAAGCUUCAAUCCCUUACUACGUUCCAGACAAGACUGCCCAGAGCUACUGAGCCAUGGCGUUCCCUUUUAUGGAAGCUGUCGUUUGUUUUAUGAUAUUGAUGUACUUAUUCGAGAGUUAUCUUGAUUUGCGGCAACAUGCUGCCCUUAAGUUGCCUACGCUACCAAAAACUCUGGAGGGUGUAAUCAGCCAAGAAAAAUUUGAGAAGUCUCGAGCAUAUAGCCUUGACAAAAGCAACUUCCACUUUGUUCACGAGUUUUUUACCAUUCUGAUGGACUCUGCAAUUCUGUUCUUUGGUAUUUUACCUUGGUUUUGGAAGAAAUCAGGAGAAUUUUUGGUUCUUGCUGGGCUUGAUGCGGAGAAUGAAAUUUUUCACACGCUUGCAUUUUUAGCUGGUGUUAUGUUUUGGUCACAGAUUACAGAUUUGCCAUUUUCGUUGUACUCCACAUUUGUCAUUGAGGCAAGCCAUGGUUUUAACAAACAAACAAUUUGGUUGUUUUUUAGAGACAUGAUAAAAGGAAUUGCUCUAGCUGUGGUGAUUGGUCCACCUAUUGUUGCUGCCAUCAUUGUAAUAGUACAGAAAGGAGGUCCUUACCUGGCAAUAUACUUGUGGGGAUUCAUGUUUGUUCUUUCCCUCGUGAUGAUGACGCUGUAUCCCAUCUUAAUAGCCCCACUGUUUAACAAAUUUACACCACUUCCGGAUGGAGAGCUUAGAGCAAAAAUUGAGAGUCUUGCUUCCUCCCUUAAGUUUCCUUUGAAGAAACUGUUUGUUGUUGAUGGAUCUACAAGGUCAAGCCACAGCAAUGCAUACAUGUAUGGGUUUUUCAACAACAAACGCAUUGUUCUUUACGACACACUGCUUCAACAGUGCAAGAAAGACGAGGAAGUAGUUGCGGUUAUUGCACAUGAACUGGGGCAUUGGAAGCUAAACCAUACAAUGUACUCUUUCAUUGCUGUUCAGAUCUUAACGUUCUUGCAAUUCGGAGGGUACAUCCUUGUGAGGAACUCCAAGGAUUUGUUUCAAAGUUUUGGGUUUGACACACAACCAGUUCUAAUAGGGCUCAUCAUAUUUCAGCACACUGUGAUACCUCUGCAGCACCUUGUUAGCUUUGGUCUUAAUCUUGUUAGCCGAUCCUUUGAGUUCCAGGCUGACGCUUUUGCUAAGAAGCUUGGUUAUUCAUUAGCCCUUCGAGCCGGUCUUGUUAAAUUGCAGGAGGAGAACUUGUCUGCUAUGAAUACGGAUCCUUGGUACUCGGCUUAUCACUACUCUCAUCCUCCCCUUGUUGAAAGACUGGCUGCUCUUGACGAACCAGACAAGAAGGCAGACUGAAGAAAUAAACAUUUAUGACUUUUUGAGUGUAGAGUUUAUGUUUACUUAGUGCCAAACUGUAGUCAAUCACGGGAAUCUUUUCUGUAAUUUUGCUUUCUUCUGGUAACAUCUGUUGUUGACAUCUACUUUUUGUUUCAAAAAGUGCCCCAGUGUUAAAGACGGCUGAGUUUGGGAGGAAUAGCCACAUGGUAGGGAAAUACUAGCAUAGUGGCAGUAGGACGAAAUGACUCUUACAAAUGUCUCUGCUAUCAAAAGAAAAACAAUUUUCGAGUCCUCA